AUGGAGAUGGGUGUCGUAGCAGACGCGCGUGCGACGCCGCCAGAAAACGACAUUAUGCAGCUGGCGAGGGUCGGCAACGUUGCCGGCAUGGAGAAGCUCUUCGAGUCGGGCGAGUACGAUGCCACAUAUCACGAUGAUGAAGGCAUCACGCCGCUGCAUUGGGCGGCCAUCAACAACCAGUACGCCAUGGCCAAGUUCCUCAUCGACCACGGCGCAGAGAUCAACAGAAAAGGAGGUGAAUCGGUCGCGACGCCGCUCCAAUGGGCCGCGCAGGGCUGCCACUACUACACCGUCAAUCUCCUCCUCCAGCACGGCGCCGACCCCCUGAUCACCGAUGCCCAAGGCUACAACACGCUCCACAUUUCGACCUUCAAUGGCAACGUCCUCCUCAUCGUCCUCCUCCUCCACCAAGGCAUCCCCGUCGAUGUCGCCGAUAGCUACGGUCACACCGGCCUCAUGUGGUCCGCCUACAAGGGCUUCCCCCAGUGCGUCGACCUGUUCCUCCGCUGGGGCGCCAGCGUACACGCCACCGACGAGCAGGGCUUCACGGCGCUGCACUGGGCCCUCGUCAAGGGCUCGCCCGGCUGCGUUCAGAAGCUCAUCGAGUACGGCUCCGACCGUUUCGCCAAGACGGAGACGGGGAAGACCCCCGAUGUCACAGCCCAGGAGCUCAACACAGUGGGCGCCUGGCACCGCGCGCUGCGGGAGUGCGGGUACGCUGAGGAUGCGCAGGCGAUCGAGCCUCAUUUCCCGGGAGCCAAGUACCUGAGGCAGGACAAGAGGGGCUUCGUGACCAAAUUUCUCUUCUUCUGGCCGAUAUUGACCUUGUGGUCGGUUCUCGGCAUCCUGGGAGGCAUGCCCAUAUUGGCCGGUGUCCUCAUCAGCGUGGCCGUCGCAUAUACGUUGCAGUGGUGUGCGCAGAGGGUGCUUGACCAUGCGCCACCGGGCAUGAGACACUUUCACAAGACGCCUUAUCUUGCCGGCAUCUUUGCCGCCACUCUUUUCCUCACAGCCUGGAACUGGAUUUUCACCGUUCUGCCGUACACGACUUUGUCAAAUGCCCCGAGCAACCCUCACUGGUGGCUCAAUAUUUGUUUCGGCACAUCCUUGUCGCUGUGCGCGUACUUUUACUCUGUCUGCAUGCGCCACGAUCCGGGCUACGUCCCCAGGAUGAAGGGCAUUGCUGAGCAAAAAAUCGUCAUUGACGAGCUGCUCGGCCUGUGGAAGUUUGAUGAGGCCAACUUUUGCGUGACGUGCAUGAUCCGGACGCCUCUGCGCAGCAAACACUGUAAGCAGUGCCAGCGCUGCGUGGCGAAACACGACCACCACUGCCCAUGGGUGUACAACUGCAUCGGUGUGAACAACCAUCGUCACUUCUUCCUCUACCUCAUCAGCUUGAGUUUUGGCAUCAUUUUCUACGACUGGCUUCUCUACAGCUACCUCAACGAUGUCUCGAUCAACGCCUCCGACAGCUGCAGUAUCUUGUCUCCGACGCUCUGCAAGAUUGUCAACGCAGACGGCUACACGGCCGUCCUCGGCAUUUGGAUCACGGUUCAGCUGACCUGGGUCAGCAUGCUCCUCUUCGUGCAGUUUGUCCAGGUGUCGCGCGCCAUGACGACCUUUGAGAAUAUGUACGGCAUCCGCGACGCGUCCGCCACGUCUGCCUUUACCUCCACCGGCACCCCUCUCGACCCGAACCAGGCCGCGCUUGCCGCCCCCGACGGCAGCGUCGCGCCGUCAGCCCUCAGCAAACACGGCCACGCCCACCGCGGCGGUUUCAUGAAGCAAAUGUUCCGCCUGCUCGGCGUCGAGCCCUUCCUCGAGACGGUCCGCGGCCGUGGCGCCGCGACGGGCGGCAACGCCAAGAACACGCGCCGCAAGAAGAGGAACCCCUACUCGCGUGGCAUCGUCACCAACUGCCGCGACUUUUGGUGCGACCCCGCGCCGACCUUUGGGCAGCGCGAGAACGGCGCCGCCGUGCUCGGCGGCGAGCCCGUCGAUUACACGGCCAUGUAUGAGAGCCCCAGUCUCAUGGAUAUCGGCCGCGGCCGGCGCCGCGGCGGUUACGAGGUCGUGGCGGCCGAGGAGGUGUAA